AUGGCCGUCGUUGCGAAGAUCGUCUAUGGUACUGCCUGGAAGAAGGAGCGCACGACGGCAUUCGUCGUCAAUGCGGUGCUCCACGGCUUCAGGGCGAUAGAUACAGCUUGUCAACCAAAACACUACCGGGAAGACUUGGUCGGCACCGCGCUCCAGAUCCUCUACGAGAAACAUGGGUUCAAGCGUGAAGACCUCUUCCUCCAAACCAAAUACACUCCCAUCGACGGCCAAGACGCCUCGCAACCACUCCCCUACGACCCCACGGCCGACGUCGCGAGCCAAGUCCGCGCCUCCGUGCAGACCUCGCUCGCGCACCUCCACACCGCCUACCUCGACAGCGUCCUCCUCCACUCCCCUCUGCGCACGCUCCCCGACACGCUCGCGGCGUGGCGCGCGCUCGUCGCGCUGCGCGCCGAGGGCGUCGUGCGCGCGAUCGGCGUGAGCAACGCGUACGAGCCUGCGGUCCUCGCCGCGCUCGAGCGCGACGGCGGCGCCCGCCCGGACGUCGUCCAGAACCGCUGGUUCGAGCGCAACCGGUGGGACGCGGGCGUCUGGGCGUACUGCGUCGAGCGCGGGAUCCAGUAUCAGUCAUUCUGGACGCUCUCAGGAUCUCCGAGCCUCCUUUCGAGCGCGGCUGUCCAAGCCAUUGCUGCGAGCAAGAAGUGCACCCCCGCUCAAGUGCUCUUCCGAAUCGCACAGCUGAACGGGGUCACGCCCCUCUCGGGGACCACUCAAGAGAAGCACAUGGACGACGCCGUUGCAGCCGAGAAGUUGGACUUCAGCGAUGUGCAGUCUGCUGUGGACGAAAUCUUGAAGAUCAUUCGCGCAUGA